CCACAUCACACCCCUCUUAUAACAACAAACAACCACAACAAUGUUCACCUCCGUCUCCGUCUCCGCCGCCGCCGCCGCCCUCCUCCCACCCCUCACCCGCCGCCGCUCGCCGCCGGCAUCUCGCGUUUCAGCGGUCAGCCGCAGAAGAAUUGGCUCGGAGCCCCUUCUCUUCUCUUCAUCCUCCCCCAUUCUCCCCGCCGCGGCCAUGGCCACGGACGGUGCCGCCUCCGACGUCGGGUCCAAGAAGAAGCUGCUCAUCUUCGACGCUGAGGAGUACCUCGCGGUGUCCCUGGCGAAGUACACCGCGGAUCUGUCGGAGAAGUUCGCCGCCGAGAGGGGCGCCUUCACCGCCGUGCUCUCCGGCGGAUCCCUCAUCAAGGCGCUCAGGAAGCUGACGGAGCCACCGUACUUGGACUCGGUGGACUGGAGCAAGUGGCACGUCUUCUGGGUGGAUGAGAGGGUUGUACCCAAGGACCAUGAGGAUAGCAACUACAAGCUCGCCUUGGAUGGGUUCCUCUCUAAGGUGCCUAUUCCUACUGGGCAAGUCUAUGCUAUAAAUGAUGCCUUGUCAGCUGAGGGAGCAGCAGAUGACUAUGAAACUUGCUUGAAGCAGCUUGUUAAGAAUGGCGUGAUCGCAAUGUCAACAGCAACUGGGUUUCCCAGGUUUGAUCUCAUGCUUCUGGGAAUGGGCCCUGAUGGCCACAUCGCCUCUCUCUUCCCAGGUCACCCUCUUGUUAAUGAGAACCAGAAGUGGGUCACCUACAUCAAGGAUUCUCCUAAGCCGCCACCAGAGAGAAUUACAUUUACAUUUCCGGUGAUCAACUCAUCUGCAUAUGUUGCUAUGGUGGUCACUGGAGCUGGGAAGGCUGGUGCGGUGCAGAAAGCACUUUCAGACAAGCAAACUUCAUCUGAUCUGCUGCCUGUUGAGAUGGCUGUACUUCAAGAUGGAGAAUUCACUUGGUUCACGGACAAGGCAGCAGUGUCCAUGUUGCAGAACAAGUGAAGCCCAUGGUAAUCGAAGCUGGAAGCUUUUUAUCUUAAAUAAAUGAUCAUGGGAGGCCUGCGUAGUUGCAUUCCUCCUUUAUGGAUUACUUAUAAGGGAACUUUGGUCCCUUCUGUAGUAUAUUGUGUUUCAGACACUCCUUAGGUUUCCAGCUUCGUAAAUAUUUUUUCAGAAA